AUAUACAAAUUUUUUUUUUACUAUAAUAUCAAAAUCACGACCAACCUCGCUCACUCACCUUCCACUGCCACCAACCCAUAUAUAUAUACCAACACUACCCCAUCAUCAUCAACACACAGACCCAAAAAAGAAACAACCAUUACAAUGGCCAUGGCUCUUCGCAAACUCUCCUUUUCCAUCACCAACCCAACUUCACCUUUCACCAACACCACCACUUCUCUUUAUCGCAUGUCAUCUUCACUCUCCGCUCAACAGAAUCACAAAUCUAAUCCAGAUUGGAUUAAACAGCUUAACGAUCCUCUUGAGGUUAUAGAUCCUGAGAUCGAAGAUAUUAUCGAACUCGAAAAAGCUCGUCAAUGGAAGGGUUUAGAACUUAUACCUUCAGAAAAUUUUACGUCGUUGUCGGUGAUGCAAGCGGUUGGAUCGGUUAUGACAAAUAAAUACAGUGAAGGUUAUCCUGGUGCUAGAUACUAUGGUGGAAAUGAGUACAUUGAUAUGGCUGAGACUUUGUGUCAGAAGCGUGCAUUGGAAGCUUUUCGGUUGGAUCCUGCAAAAUGGGGAGUCAAUGUGCAGUCGUUAUCUGGAUCCCCUUCAAACUUCCAAGUUUACACUGCUUUGUUGAAACCUCAUGAGAGAAUUAUGGCCCUCGAUCUUCCCCAUGGUGGGCAUCUAUCACAUGGGUAUCAGACUGACACCAAGAAGAUAUCAGCUGUAUCUAUAUUCUUUGAAACGAUGCCGUACAGAUUGGACGAGAGCACUGGUUAUAUUGAUUAUGACCAGAUGGAGAAAAGUGCUGCCCUUUUUAGGCCAAAACUAAUAGUUGCUGGUGCUAGUGCUUAUGCCCGCUUAUAUGAUUAUGCACGUAUUCGCAAGGUAUGUGAUAAGCAGAAGGCAGUUAUGUUGGCUGAUAUGGCACACAUCAGUGGAUUAGUUGCUGCAGGUGUUAUUCCUUCUCCUUUUGAUUAUGCAGAUGUUGUAACAACAACAACGCAUAAGUCACUUCGUGGGCCACGUGGGGCUAUGAUAUUCUUCAGGAAGGGUUUGAAAGAGAUAAACAAGAAAGGGCAAGAAGUGUUUUAUGACUACGAAGACAAGAUAAAUCAGGCUGUUUUUCCUGGACUUCAAGGUGGUCCCCACAAUCACACUAUUACAGGCUUAGCAGUUGCAUUGAAGCAGGCAAUGACACCAGAAUUCAAGAAUUAUCAAAAACAAGUUCUUAGUAACUCCUCAACAUUUGCGCAGACUUUGUUAGAGCAAGGCUAUGACCUUGUAUCUGGUGGAACUGAGAACCAUUUGGUGUUAGUGAACUUAAGAAACAAGGGCAUUGAUGGCUCGAGGGUUGAGAAGGUGUUAGAAUCAGUUCAUAUAGCUGCCAAUAAAAAUACUGUUCCAGGUGAUGUGUCUGCUAUGGUUCCUGGGGGCAUCAGAAUGGGAACCCCUGCUCUCACAUCUAGGGGUUUUGUUGAGGAUGAUUUUAAAAAAGUAGCUGAAUACUUUGAUGUGGCAGUCAAAAUAGCCUUACAGAUUAAGGAAAAUGCUAAAGGCACCAAGUUGAAGGAUUUUGUGGAAGCUAUGCAGUCUGAUUCUCAAAUUCAAUCUCAAAUUGCUAAUCUCCGCCGUGAAGUAGAGGAUUAUGCUAAGCAGUUUCCCACAAUUGGUUUUGAGAUAGAGACAAUGAAGUAUAAUAAGUGAAGAUGGUGACAUAUGGAAUUUCUUUUGGAGUUUUAUUUCGAAGUUUUUGAAAUAACAACACGAUUUUGGAUAUGUUGCUAAACAUAUUCACAUGCUAUUUUGGAAGAAUUGUGAAUUUAUUAUGAAUUGUUAAGUGAAAAAGAAAAGGGAAAUUUUUUCUUUCAAAACCAUUUAUAGGGUUGAUCAUUUUCUUUCAAACUUGAGAAUUUAACUAUUUGGAGUUGAAAAUUCCCUGUGAUGAUCAAUGUUGUAGUGUAGCAAAACUGAAGUGGAGCAUUUUUGGAUUUGUUGUUUUCUUAUUUGUAUUUUUACCUUCGAACAAAUAAACCUCCCCCUUAAAUUU